UAUCAUUUUAGCUACCCUAACUCACAUACGGAAGUUCGAAGGCAUUUGGAGAGAGAAAUUAAGAAAGGGAGGGAUUAAGAAAAUUCUUGCUGGAAAUUGAUCAAGAUUGGCGGGAAUGAUGAAAGCGGCAUUCGUCCUGUUGGCCGUUUAUGUGUCAGUGCCUCUCAUCAUCUACCUGUUCCCUUGGACUUUGGCCUAUGCCAUCUUUGCUCACUUGUUGAAGCUUCCAUAUUUCGUGGAGCUCAACCAUCCCGAAUACAUCCUAAACCACACGUGCAACUUCUACCUGGACCCGGAAGAGGGCGUUCGUGUGGGCAUAUGGCACACGCUCCCUGCCAGCCAAUGGGACGAGGCGGAGGGGAGGGGCCCCGAGUGGUACCGCAGCGCGCUGGGAGAUGGAAGUCCUAUUAUCAUCUACCUCCAUGGCAACGUCGGCACCAGGGCCAAAGACCACAGGGUGCAACUGGUAAAGAUUUUAAGUAGCGCAGGCUUUCACAUCUUGUCUCUGGACUACAGAGGCUUCGGCGACUCGACGGGGAAACCCAGUGAACAUGGGGUGACAGCAGACGCACUCCAUUUGUAUAGAUGGGUGAAGCAGCAUAGUGAGGGGUCCUUGGUGUGUCUGUGGGGGCACUCGCUCGGCUCCGGAAGUAAGGGGUCCGCAGUGGAUGCCCUAAUUCUUGAGGCUCCGUUCACAAAUAUCGGAGAGGUACUCAUCAACUUUCCUUUGGCCAAGCUCUACACAUUCUGGCCAGGCUUUGAACUCUUCCUGUGGGACACUUUGGAGAAAAACAAGCUCCUGUUUGCAAAUGAAAACAAUUUAAAGGUCCUGACAUGCCCACUGCUCAUUCUGCACGCUGAGGACGAUGACAUAGUUCCAUAUGACAUGGGUCAGAAGCUGCACCAAAUAGCGGCACGCACGCUUAGAGAGAAAGAAGUUCCGCUGGAAAUGAUCUCCUACCCGGCCAGUCGCCAAUUGUCCCACAGUGACAUCUACUUGGAUCCCGACCUGGCCAAGUCAGUGAGGGAUUUUCUGCAGAAGCUGCAAAGAUAGCGUAACUUAACACAUUAGUGUCUGCAGGGCUGUCAAACUCAUCGCAGAUAUGAUUUCCUUCAGAGGGACUGGGCCGCUUUAACAAGGGUAGCAACAGGUACAAUUGUAACAAGCCAACUCCUGGAGCAGAGGCCCUAGCCCAACCCACCAAAAUAAAGUUGUAAUUUUUUCUCUUGUAUGUUUCACUUUGUAUCCCCACCAACCUCCCA